ACGGUGCCAACGGCGUAAACGUUCCCCUUUCGGCGUUUUUUGGGGGCUUCCAAUCAACAACGGUGUGGUUGUGGUGGAUCGAGUGAAAACUUCGUCUGACUCCGUCGCAGAUAAACAAACGGGUUUUCCGGGCUGAGUGGAUGAUGGUUUAGCCUGGAAAGCGCCCCCCGAAACAGUCGCACCAGCAUGAGCUCCAGCGGGCAGUCGAAGCUGAAGAAGAAGCACUUUCGGGUCAAGCAUCAGAAGGUGAAGCUGUUCAGGGCGAACGAGACGUUUCUGAGCGUGUUUAUGUGGGGCAUCAAUCACACGAUCAACGAGCUGAUGCACGUGACCAUACCAGUGAUGCUGCUGCCGGACGAUUUUCGGGCCUACUCCAAGAUCAAAAUCGACAAUCAUCUGUUCAACAAGGAGAAUCUCCCGUCGCACUUCAAGGUGAAGGAGUACUGCCCGAUGGUGUUCCGGAACAUCCGGGAGCGGUUUGGGAUCGACGAUCUCGACUACAAAGAGUCGCUCACCAGGUCGCAGCCGCUGCCCGACGACUCGACGGGGAAAAGUGGGGCCAAACUCUACCAGAGCUACGACAAGAUUUUCAUCAUCAAGACCAUGACGAGUGAGGAGGUGGAGCGAAUGCACUCCUUCCUCAAGCACUAUCACCCAUACAUCGUGGAGCGACAUGGCAAGACGCUGCUGCCCCAAUAUCUGGGCAUGUACAGGCUGACGGUGGACAGUGCGGAGCACUAUAUUGUGGUGAUGCGCAACGUUUUCUCCAACCACUUGAGCACUCAUCGGAAGUUCGACCUCAAAGGUUCCACGGUGGAUCGGGAGGCGUCGGAGAAGGAGCGCGAGAAGGAACUGCCCACGCUGAAGGACAACGAUUUUGUCAACGAGCAGAUGAAGGUGUACAUCGGGGAGGAGGCCAAGGCCAAGCUGAUGGAGACGCUGACUGCCGAUGUGGAUUUCCUCACCAAGCUGCAUCUGAUGGACUACAGCCUGCUGCUGGGCAUCCACGAGGUGGAGCGGGGCGAGCAGGAGCUGCAGCGGCAACGCGAACUGGAGGCGGAGAAUCCGCCCGAGUCGGACGAGAGCGAGUCGGGCUCGGGCCUGGAGAACCGAAUGGGCCCCAUGGGGUUCAACACGCCCCCCGACUCGCCCAACGCCGUCACGCAGUACCUUCGCGAGCACAGCCUCCAAUACGAAGGUAAAUUCAGCAAAAUUUACCAGUACAUUAGCACCGUAUCAGGCGGCAUCAUUCCCGAGCUGGACAUCUUCGCCAUACCGUCGUGCGAUCUGGCGCCCGUGAAGGAAAUCUACUUCGUGGCCAUCAUCGAUGUGCUCACCCACUACGGCGUGAAGAAGCAGGCGGCCAAAGCGGCCAAAACCGUCAAAUACGGCUCGAAUGUGGAUGGGAUCAGCACCUGCGAUCCGGAUCAGUACGCCAAGCGGUUCAUCGACUUUAUGAGCAAGGCGAUCGAGUAGCCAAUGGCAGGAGAGACAAGAUUGAAACGGGCGCGCUGAUUGGCUGACCGUCGGCCAUUUAACGGCUUCUAUUCUUAGGAUGUUAGGUUAGAUUCGUAUUUGAGUGACGUUUUAGCAAUAUUGGUAUCUAGUCUAUGGGCUCCGCUGCUAAGGUGUGUGGGGGGCGCCCGUGCGCCCCCGUCUAGGUUAGGUGUUCUGUCGCACAGCCCCCUUGGGCGCACAAGUUUCCGGGGGGUUUGCGCCCAUUCCAUAAGCUGUACAUAGAUUAUCCAAUCAAUGCCUUUGUGAUGUCGGUUUUUUUAGUUAUUUUGUGUUAAUUUUUUAUGUUAUUUUAUCCGUUGCGUCAGCAAAUAUAUUAUUUUUUAUUCA